UAGCGAGCAGAGACGGAGACGGGCAGACCGAGGUGAUGGAGCUCCGUCUGUCCGGGCUGCGGUGUUGCUCGUCAUGAUCUCGUUUGACAUUUCGAGUGACAUGCUUCACGUUUGCCGAUGUGACAGCGCUGAUGUGACAGUCAGGUAUGACUCACUCGGGUGCUCGUAACCAGUAGCUAGUUAGCUGUUAGCUCGGUGAUCGCUCCCUCCUCCAGGCUGCUGCAGCACGGAGCCCGGCGAGGAGGAGAUGUGACGAUGAGGAUGAGGCCUUAGAUGACAGAUCAGCGACGGUGUGCUCAGUCUUCAAAUACAGACAUGGCGUCGUCGCAGCUCCAGGCGUUCUCCUCUCCCUCCGUAUCCUCCAGUGCCUACUCUCGGUCAAAGAGGCUCAAAGUGGAGAACCCUGCCUGGGAUGUGUCCAGUCAGCUGGGAGACAACGGUUACUACCAGCAGAGCCCCACGCAUGGAGCCGCCCCCUCCACCUCCGGCUCCGGCUUCAACCAGGUGUACAACUCCAACCAGGUGCACCCGCCAGCAGCCGGCUCCCGGGAGCAGACGGUGGUGAGGGCGGCAGACAGCACAGGCAGCCUACGCGGGCCUCCUUCGUCCUCCUCCUCCUCCUCCUCCUCUAGCAGGCGCAUCAAGGAUGCAGAGUCGUCCUCGCAGCCGUGCGACCUCUACCACAAGCAGUACAGCUUGAAGAGGAAGAGCGAGGAGGUGGACAGCAGCGACAGCGUCCAGAUACUGGAGGAGCUCUCGGCCCCCGUGGUCUCGAACCGCACCGGCGGCGGAGGGGGAACCACCACGGCUCAGUCCAUAGCACACUCCACCUCCACAACCAAGAGCAGCAACUCUCACAGCGAGGGCGACUACCAGCUGGUCCAGCACGAAAUUCUGUGCUCCAUGUCCAACAGUUACGAGGUGCUCGAGUUUCUGGGGCGCGGCACCUUCGGUCAGGUGGCGAAAUGCUGGAAGCGGGGCACGAAUGAGAUAGUGGCCAUUAAAAUCUUGAAGAACCAUCCUUCUUAUGCUCGGCAAGGUCAAAUUGAGGUGAGCAUCCUUAGCAGACUGAGCACAGAGAACGCUGACGAGUUCAACUUCGUCCGUUCCUACGAGUGUUUCCAGCACAAGAACCACACGUGCCUUGUGUUUGAGAUGCUGGAGCAGAACCUUUACGAUUUUCUGAAGCACAGCAAGUUUAGCCCUCUGCUGCUCAAGUGUAUCAGGCCCAUCCUGCAGCAGGUCGCCACCGCGCUGAUGAAGCUGAAAAGCCUGGGGCUGAUCCACGCCGACCUGAAGCCUGAAAACAUCAUGCUGGUGGACCCCCUGAGGCAGCCGUACAGGGUGAAGGUGAUUGAUUUCGGCUCUGCCAGCCACGUGUCCAAAGCGGUUUGCUCCACUUACCUGCAGUCCCGUUACUACAGAGCUCCAGAGAUCAUCCUGGGCCUUCCUUUCUGUGAAGCCAUUGACAUGUGGUCUUUGGGAUGUGUCAUUGCUGAGCUGUUUUUGGGAUGGCCUCUGUAUCCUGGUGCCUCAGAGUACGAUCAGAUUCGAUACAUUUCCCAGACGCAGGGCCUUCCAGCAGAGUACCUGCUGAGUGCAGGAACCAAGACCAGCCGCUUUUUCAACAGAGGGCCCGACUCCAGCUACCCACUGUGGAGACUCAAAACACCUGCAGAGCAUGAGGCAGAAAUGGGCAUUAAGUCUAAGGAGGCCAGGAAAUACAUCUUCAACUGUCUAGAUGAUAUGAUGCAGGUGAACAUGACAAACCUGGAGGGCACAGACAUCUUGGCGGAGAAGGCCGACAGACGGGAGUUUAUAGACCUGCUGAAGAAGAUGCUGACACUAGACGCGGACAAAAGGAUCACUCCCAUGAAGACUCUGAACCACCCCUUUGUCACCAUGACACACCUGCUGCACUUCCCUCACAGCUCACACGUAAAAUCCUGCUUCCAAAAUAUGGACAUAUGCAAACGCAGAUGCAGCGCCUUCGAGAAUGGGAAAAAUAUGUUCGCCAGCAACAACACCCCAAGUGCAGCCACCAACCUCACCGUCACAUUCAGUAGCCAACUAAACCAGCACAAUCAGAUGGCCUCCACAGGAGGUCAGUCCUUGUCCCUCAGCAGUAACGUCCCGCUGCUGAACUACCAACCCGGCCUUUACCAGCAGGCCACCAUCAAUAUCCCCGGUCUGACCCAGCAGGGCGUCCCUCUGCAGACCAGACCCACUCAGCUCUGCACCCAAACCGAACCCUUCCAACAAACGCUCAUAGUCUGCCCGCCAACCAUCCAGGGUCUUCAAACGUCCAACAAGCCGUCCAGUUACCCAGUAAGAAUGGACAACUCAGUACCCUUAGUUCCUCAGAACCAGCCCUCCCAGUCUCUUCACAUCCAGCCCAGCAUGCUGGCGCAGCAGGGCUGGCCAACAGGAACACAGCAGAUCCUCAUCCCUUCCACGUGGCAGCAGAUGCCCGGCAUGGCCCUCCACAAUACCGGACAGGCCGUGGUGCCCGACUCGCCCAUGGGAGCCUCCAUCUCCGACAGUCAGCAAACGUCUGGCUGGAGGGGUCGUCACGGCAGCCAGUACGAUGGUGGCAGCCAGCAGGACUCUGGUGUUGGCCGUCACGCUGCCUCUCAAAACCAAAGCUCAGGGGCCGCGCACUCAAGAUCCCAGCAGGGCAAGAGAUCGAAGGCUAGACAUACGGAGAACAGAGCCAGGCCGCUGACGUCUGUGCAUUCUGCCACCACUGUAGUCCACAACACUUCUUCAUUUGCUGGGGACCAGUCUCAGCCCAUCGUCAUCUCCGACACACCGAGUCCAGCCGUCAGCAUCAUCACCAUCCACAGCGACUCAGAAGAUGAAGAUGAGACCAAAUUCCCUGCUACCUGCUCUGGAACAAGCCAGAGGACCAAUGUGAUCAGCUGCGUGACAGUGCACGACUCUCAUGACUCCGACUCCUCCACCAGCAGCCCCCUGAGCCCCAAAAACUCCUCCCAGCCCACCAAGACUCUAGCCAUCAUCAUGCCCUCUGUUAAGAGCCAGCCUGGAGAGAGCACAACCCACAAGGCUCCAGCAGCUCCAGAUGAGGCUACGAGUGGAUCGGGAAAAUCCAAGAAGGCGUCCGGUCGACCCGGAGAUUCCACCACCGAUCGCCAUCAACGGGCCGCAUCCAGCAGAUCGCAGCCUCUCAACCUGAGUCAGAUACAGCAGUCUGUGAUUCCAUCGUCACACGACCAAACAGGAAGCAGCGGUUCCCUGAAGCGUCAGCCCACGUACCCUCCACCCGUCUCCUCCCACUCAUCCUACCGCCUCCAUGAAAGCACCCUCUUCAGCUCAACUCCAAACCUCUACGCUUACCCAGCCUCCGCUGCCCUGGCGUCCGUGUCUCAUGCUGUGGACCAGAUGCAGGGCGGCUCGUCCCGCCACGGCUGGGCGAGCGGGGCUUACUCCUCCCUGGCUCUCCUCCAGAAGAACGGAAGCUUAACCCUGGCGGGGUCUGCCCCGGGUCAGUACGGUAACCACCAACAGCAGCAGCAGCAGCAGCAGCAGCAGCAACAACAGCAGCUGGGGGGGCAGCCGUUCCACCGCUCCAAUGCUGCCUACCAGCGAAAACUCAACCAGUAUCCCUACCUGUAAACACCAAACCAAACUGAGAGAUGAGAGGAGCACAAGCUCAUCACAGUGAUCGAACUAGCUUUCAACUCGACUUUUUUACUUUGAUUGUCCAGUCCCAGAAUGUGUUCAUGUUUUAAUCACGGUUAGUUUUUAUUUAUCACUUCCACCUUAAAGGUUUCUUUCUGUUGCGUCAGAUCGCGUGAACCAAUAGAUGAGUCCGUUUAAUGUGGUUGAUCACAGCGUUGUACUGCAGCACGUAUGAUUGGAAAUAAAACAUUAAGGAAAGUUAAAGCCUAAAAGCAUACAGGACUGUUUAUAACUAUGUCAUGUAGGAACUAUAAGCACCAAAUUUAGGAGACUGAACAUGAAGAUUUUAAAGUUCAUUCUUCACCUACAAAUCCCAAAAUAUGGAUUUUAUGUGGGGUGUAUGUUGCAGAGAAACUGAAACUAAACUGUUAUGCUGCUCUUUUAUUAUUUUUAAAGAUCAUGAUUGAUUGUCGUAAAAUAGUAGUUUAAAAGUAUAAAUUUACAUAUACACAUUUGCCAUGCUUAAUUAGCCACAUGUCUUAUUUUAAAAUUUAACGUGCACAUUUUCAUUAAUAUUGUACUUUUUAUUUAUGAAUAUACUGUGUGUGUUUAGCUGUGCUCUCUGAAAUCCUAAGCUACGUACUGUACUGUAUAAUAAUGUGUCACUGUUUUCCAUGUCGAUUCUGUUUACUGAGCUUUGGCUAAUUGUAUUUAUAUGUUGAGGGUGUUGAAUGACAUGGUGCAUUUUGACUUAGUAGGAGAUACUCAGAGGGGACUUUUUUUUACAGUUACCGUUAAGGUUGCAUGUGUCUGACAUGGAGUAGCAUUCAGGAGAGAUUUGUAAUCUGCAUCAUUGCCUUCAGACGGAUUAGUAACGUUAAUUUGUGCAGCAAACACAUAAUUAAUAUUGGGAAAAUGUCAAAGUUCUUGUCUUGUGAAGUGGUGUCUGUGAAGUAAAGUGUGCACAUAAAUAAAAUCCGAUUGGCGAUCACACACUUAUGUAAAAGUCAAACCAUUUAGGUGAAAAUUCACAGUGCUGCGUUUGAAUUGUGAAUAAUCAAAUCUGAUUUAUAAGAAUAGAAAUUGAUGUUCAGUAUGUUACUGCUUCUAAACAAAUCAUUGGUCUGGUGAAAUGAUGGUUGUUCUUCCGAUCCUGCUGUGUUGUGAAGUGCUACAUUACAUUGAACACACGAUGAACCUUAACCCGUAUAUACGCAAUAAAAUCUUCUUAAAACAGGA